AUGAAGAGAAUUCUUCAAAUUAAAAUAUUUAUUGCUUUUGAAAAAACCAGAAAAACAUUUUGUAUAUUUAUAAUAUUAAUAAAUUGGUUAUUAUUUGGAAUAAAUAAAGUAAAUUCUCAGUAUGUAACAGAAAUAUAUCAAACAUGUAGUGAACAGGAAGGCCAAAAUGCAAAAUGUGGUCCAGGAGCAAACUGUUUUAUAAUAGGAAAACAACCAACAUGUCAUUGUGCUGUUGAUGUUGCAACUGGAAUUUCAUUAUCAGGAAAUCCAUAUAGAGGUUGUACAUGGGAUUUAUCUGGAAACUGGCAGUUAUAUACUGGAGAAGAGUCAUCAAGAGUACAACCAAUACUAAGUCCACUAACAAAUGAAGAAUUUUUGUUUAGAUUUGAUAGAACAGAUGCAGUACUAGCUACAAAAUAUAUUACUGGUUCAAUAUUUACAGUUAAUGGUGUUACUCAAGCUGCUAAUGGGUUAUUUUCAAGACUCUUUUUGGAUGCAAAUGAUAAUACUGCAGUUUUACUUGAAAAUGCUGAAGGUUUUGUGGAUCAACAUGGUAGAACAAUAACAUUAAGAACAAGAUGGGCAGAUACAACUUUAUCAAAAGCAAAUCAAUCAUGGUUGUUUGAUAAACAUGAUUUAAGUGGUGAUUGGUUAAGACCUGAUGGAGUUAAAGUACAUAUUAUGUAUAUAACAAAACCAAUCAAUUGGCCAGUAAAAUCAACUAUAUAUAAAUGGUUAAGAGCUUAUUGGUUUGAUGAUGCAUCAUUAAUAUCUCCAAUAAGAUUAUGUACAACAUUAUUUAUGGAUAAAACUUAUAAAGAUGAAAAAAACUCUAUGUCAACAUCAGCAAGAUUUGUUCAACUUGGUUUCUUUGGUGCAUUAAGAUUUGGUUCUAAUAGAAUUGAUAUAUAUUCUCCUUCAAAUGGAUAUCAAAUAUUAUCAUUAAGAAAAGUAGGUAUCAAUUUACCACCAUAUGUACCAUUUAGUUUGGGAUCUGUUAUUAUACCAGAAAGUGAUUCAUAUAAAACUAAUACAAAUAUAAAACACGCAUAUUAUGGUCAAAAUCAAGGUGGGUAUUAUGUUGAUGAUUAUAAUUAUUAUGGAAAUCCUAAUGAUUAUAAUUAUUAUGAUAAUGAACAAGUUAUAUUCAAUGGAAUGGGUUUAGUUGAGAAUAUUACUACUAAUCAAAUGAAUAUUACAGGAACAAAAUUUAAUACGGAUAGAAUUAGUAAUCAUACUUCAAAAAUUCUUAAAGAACCAAAUAAUUUUCAAAAUUAUCAAAAUCAAAGUAAUUAUUUUAAAUAUGAUUUUGAAAAUAUUGACGCGGAAAAUAAUUAUAUUAGAAGAAAUUUAUUAUUUAAUUAA